AUGCCGAUGUUCUUGUCGUCUAUGCGAAGACUGACCCAGCUUUGCAUCAGCAUGGAAUCACCGCUUUUCUUAGUAGAAAAGGGAUUCAAAGGAUUCCACACGUCACCGAAACUCAAUAAAAUGGGCAUGCGAGGUUCAAACACCUGUGAAUUGGUCUUCGAGGACUGUGAAGUACCAGAGGAAAAUGUUAUGGUGGUGUUGGAAAAGGACAAAGUUUACGCCCCCUUUACUGAUGACUGGACUCGAUCUCGAACGAUUGGUACUUUCCGGCGGUCCGCUAGGACUUAUGCAAGCGCCGCAUUGACGUCGCCUUUCCAAAUGCUACUCAUCGAGAAGGCCCAUUCGGCACUCCAAUUGCACGUCCAGCUAAUGCAAGGAAAGAUGGCUGACAUGUACACGACCUUAAACGCUUGUCGAGCCUACUUGUAUGCAGUGGCCAAAGCUGCUGACAAUGGACAUGUCUCCAGUAAGGACUGCGCAGGAGUUAUCCUCUAUCUUGCCGAGAAAUGUACGCAAGUGUGCUUGGAUGCUGUCCAA